GGUUCAAGGGAGCAGUGGGAACCAGUCUUUCAAGAAGCAAGUGACUUCGAACAGCAGUUGAUUCUAGCAGAUGAUGCAUUGGGGAAAAUUGCUCUGUUAGCAGCUAAUAGCUGCUUUAUCAGAUGUAAUGAGGAAGGUGAUAUAGAAGCCAAAAGUAAAACUGCAGGUGAUGAGGAAAUUAUUAAGAUCAGAACAUGUGCGGAAAGAGAGGCCAAGCAAAAAGAUGACAUUCCUGAAGAAGACAAAGGAAAUGUGAAGCAGUGUGAAAUCAACUAUGUAAAGAAAUUCCAGAGUUUUCAAGACCGCAAACUCAAAGUAAGCCAGGAAGACAGUAAAGCCCUCAAAAAAGCUAGGAAAGAAGGCACUUUUCAUGAGACUUUGUUGGACAGGAGAGCAAAAUUGAAAGCUGAUCGAUAUUGCAAAUAACCUAAAGAGUGCCGAUUCCCUUUGCUUCCUUUAUUAGUGGCCUGUGUGUGCAUGUGAAUAUUCUGAGUAAAACAUUUUGGUGGAGUAUAAUUAAAACUUAAGAUUUUUUUCUUUCUGAAGUCAAGUGUUUUUUUUAAAUAAAAAAGUAAAAAUGCUA